ACAAAUUCUCAAAACAAAAUUGCAACUCUACGGUUGUUUCCGACGGCUGCACACCGCCACGCUUCUCACCUCGCAACCGUUCACCGGAGAAACAACACCCAUCGCACCACCGGAGUAGCACUGCACGCUGUUCAAAGCGGGUCUAGCCCCAAAAGAGCGUCCAAAAGAACAAUCCUUCACUUCCUUCCCCUUCUUCCUCUCCACCGUGGAAGCCUCAUCAAAGAGUAGCGACCCAGACGUGACUUCCGAGCGACAACCCGUGAGAGAGAGAGACGCUGAGUUUGAGAAGAAGAUGCAACCGGUUGAUGGGUGAAUUCAUGGGUUCCGGCCAUGGGUUGUUUGUGAGGCUUAGGACUGAAACUAGUCCUCUAAUGUAUCGUACAAGGUAAUUGGAUCAAUGGAGAUUUUCGAGUUGAGCAAAUGAAUGUGAAUAUUUAAGUUGUGAGUCCUUCACAUUCUACAAAGGUGUUUGUCUUUUGAUGUUGUAGACCGAGUGCGUGCUUAGAUGUCAUCGAAGGGAGUACUUCGAGUUGCUUGUUGGCAAGUUACGACUUGUUAUUAAGACGGGGCAUUACAUUUCUCAACUCAUCCGCAACUUGCCUCCAACCCCGCCCAUCACAACACUCAAUGCUUUAGGAUUCAGUGAUGGGAAUCAGUAAAACGGAAGUGAACUUGAGGAGGUUGCUUGCAGCUGCACCUCAGCAACAAAAUCAAGAAAAGCUUGUACAUUAUGUUGGCACAUUACGAGAACAAUUAGAACAACUGGCUGAAGAGAGAACUCCUGAAGGCUUACCAAGGGUUUCAAAGGCUAUGGUGAAUGAUUAUUCGGAGAAGAUUGAAUCAAUUGCUUCCAAAUUAGCUGCUCCACUGAUUACUAAGCGUGAUACACAAGUAUCUGAGGAGCCCUUUGCAAAGACUACCAUAAAUGAAAGCCGUUCUAAAACAGAAGCUGAAAAUCAUGUUCUCCCUACUCCUGGACUAAGAAAAAGAUUUGUAUGGUAUGGUUCAUUGACCAGGCCUGCAUCAAAUAGUCAGGAUAGAAUUCCUGACAGUACUGAAACUGCUUCAUUGGCGCCUGUCAAACUCGAUGCUGAAGCACAAGCACACAUUGAAAAGCACAGAAACCUUCAGGAGGACUUGACUGAUGACAUGGUUGGGCUGGCACAGCAACUUAAGGAGCGUAGUCUGAUGAUAAGCCAGUCCCUGCAAAACACUGAAAAAAUACUUGAUUCUACUGAGAAGGCUGUUGAGGAUAGCUUGGCAGGCACUGGCCGCGCCAAUGUACGGGCCAUGAAGAUAUACUCUGAGAGUUCUAGGACUACCUGCUUCCAAUGGCUAGUGAUCUUUGUAAUGACAUGUAUUUUCAUCAUGGUUGUGCUUCUAAUUCGCGUCACCUGAAGCUUCUUGAGUCAGUUGUGCUCAUCUUUCUUCCCAAGGUUUGCUCUACCAUCUUGGAGAUGAUAUUGAAGACCACUCCGGAUGUGUAAGACUUCCACAUAUGUAUGUCAAAAUAGAGCGUUGUGCAGCAAGCAGCUAAUUUUAAGUUUUCCUUUGGCACAUCAAAGGAAAAGAAAAUAAAACAAAAUAAGAAUCAAGUUUCAGCAUAGUUACAGAUCACCAUUACAUUUAAUCUUGGAAUAUCUCAAUCCAUUCGACUGUGAGACUUUGAAAGUGAUAUUCUUUUUGCUUGUCCUUUUCUUUUUCCUAUAUCAUCGUUACAAUGCCAAAGCUUCUAUAAUAUAUUGUUCCUUGCAA